AUGAAUGAAAAUAAUGAAAUGAAAUCGUCUGAGACUUGUGAUGAUACUGAGUCAGGCAUAUUUGAUAAACCAGGUUUAGAUUUAACAAAUGAUUAUCCUACUGACCGUGGACAUUUUACAGAGUUUGAUACUGUAAAAUCUGAUUUGAAGAGAAGUAUUUUAUUGCAUGGACCGUGUAAACCAACCUACAUAGAUUUUCCCUACAGCCCUGAUGGAAAAGAUUGUGCAUACUGUGAAAUAUGUUGGCUUUUCGCUGAUAGGCAAAAUAGAAAUUUUAAAAUAAAUUGGAUAUUAGGAAUUAAUGAUUGGCACCAUAUUGGAGAAAAAAUUGGAACACAUGAAAUUUCUCAACAGCAUAUUCAAGCCACUGAAGUCCGAGUACGUUGGUUAAAAAACGAAACUAUAGACAAACAUAUGGAAGAUAAAAUUAUUAAAGAAGCUAGUUUUUGGAGAAGUGUUUUAAUUAGAUUAGUAAAAAUUAUUUUAUUUUUAACUGCGGGGAAUACUGCUCUCCGAGGAAAUGAAAACAAAGUAUUAAGUAUAUUAGCAAACGAAGUAAUAAGAUCUAAAUAUUAUUCAAUAAUAGUAGAUUCAACACAAGAUAUAACAAAAAUUGAUCAAUUGAGUGUUAUACUGCGUUAUGUUGUUUUAAACUACGAAACAAAAUCAUUAGAAGUAAAAGAAUCAUUUUUUGGGUUUUUUGAAUUUGAUAACCAUGGCUCAAAGGACUAUGAAAAUCUUAUUUAUGACGUGUUGAAAAAAAUACAAUUUAGACAUCCAAAAUUGUCGAGGCCAGGUUGUCCUAGAUGGGCAUCACUUGCAUUUGGUGAUGACACUGCCAAAACAAUUAGACUUAAAGUAUUUAAAAAAGUUUGUCCUAUUCGCUGGGAGGCCAGGCAUUCCUCAGUAUCUGCGUUAAAACAAAGGUAUAUAGGAGUUAUAAAAUCAUUAACAUACAUGUGUUUAUCAAGUAACAAAGUAGAUGAAAAACAUAUGGUAAUUUCAAUUAAAAAAAAUAUAGAAUCUUUUGAAUUUUUACUUAUGUUAUGUUUGUGGGAACGAGUAUUGCAUCCUUUGCAUGGUAUCUCUAAACUUUUGCAGAAGCAAGACAUUGACCUCAAAAAAGCAUUAGAUAGAUUAACUGAUGCCUAUACUUGUAUGCAGCAACUUAGGAAUGACUAUUGUAGUGUAGUUGAAAAUGCAAACAACCUGGCAAUCAAAUGGGGUAUUCCAACUGAUGACAAAGUGGCUCGCCAAAAAAAAGCAAGAUUGUUUUUUGAUGAAAUAGAUGGUGAUAGACGGAUGAAUAUCACACAAGAUAAUUUUAAAAUAAAAGACCAGAUGAAAUUACUAUUAAAGGAUCAUAUGACUUUAUAUAAAUGUAUCAAUCAGAUUAUCCAAGCACUGGCUUCAUUUAUUAUUGAAAACGAUUUUGCUACGAGUUACUCUGAUAUAUUAGGAGCAUGUAUAAUUUAUUUGACAUUGCCAGUAACAGUUGCAACAGCAGAAAGGUCUUUUUCAAAACUUAAGAUAAUAAAAAACUAUUUAAGGAAUUCAAUUGGACAAGAACGACUUUCCUAUAUUUCAGUUUUAAAUAUUGAACAUCGUCGUACAAAAGAAAUUGAUAUGGACAAAAUACUAACAAAUUUUUCAAAUAUGAAAGCAAGUAAAAUGAAAUUUGAUUAA